GCCCUCAUCGACCUAUCAGCAUACCAAGCAUCUCGCCAUGUCCAAGACUCUGCCAUCGUUCUCCCUACCUCUCGGUGACCUUCCCAGUGCAUAUGCCUGGACCGAACGCACCAUAUCUAUGCGGUCGUCGAGCACGGCCUUCGGCACCGGCAUCAACCAACGUGACGUAUUCGGCGGAGUACCUCGCUGCAUCGUCUGCGGCGAAAGCCGCGGGCUGGAAGACUGUCACAUCAUUCCCAAGGCAGAUCCAUGCAUGUGGGACGACAUGAAGAAGCAGAAGUGGAUACCCCUUAAUCUGAAAAGCCACGAACACGAGCCCCGUAAUGGCCUCAGAUUAUGCCGCCAACACCAUUGGUACUUCGACAAUCUGGAGGUCUACUUGCGCUAUAUGCCCGACGAGCGCAAGUUCAUCUUUGUUAAUCACGGCGGCAGUGACACUCAAGAGAUAUACCAUGGCAAAUACGUCGGCUUAGAUAUCCGAGAUACGCAUGCCCCAGUACCUUCCCUGUUCAUCGUCCAUGAACUUAGCGUGCGAGCGCAUCGCCCCUUUAUGAAUCCGGCCAUCGAUCUCGACAACCUCACAUGGCAGGACUGGCUGUCCUCAAGAGGGGUGCUGCAACCCUCGUCGAGCUCCUCGUACUUCUACCGCAAAACUCGGCCGUCAUCUCAGCCACCGCCAUCCCGACCCCAGCACGGCACUGGGACCUUCAUCGGCAGGGGAGUCAAUGACGGAGCGGACAGACUGCAGUCUAACUUCGCGCUCACCGAUGAUGUCAUCAAAAGCAUCGUCAUGGCCUCCCGCGAAACGCCGACGUGGAAGUCUGCCGUCAUCGAGAACGCAGAUUGGUCGGGCACUGCAGAGGAAAAUAUUGCACAGUACAAGAGCCUUAUGGAUGGGUGAACUUAAUCAUGGUGUAACCAUUACUGUACGCUCGACCUUUAUUUUAUAUUCCCAUUACCUGUAGUCUCGCUUUACCUAUUCUCCAGUGGCCAACAUGCAAAUGCAACGCAUUAUCCAUCAUAAAGUUUUUGUCACCUUUGCAAUUUGUGCCUGACGGUAUAAGGGCGCGCGAGUGGUGGCGGGGUUGGGUGGGGGCUUUUGGGUGGUAAAGAGGCGCAUGAGGAAGGAGAUGAGGAGGGGGG